ACGAUAUCAGUACUCGUAGCGGAAAUUUCUAUGGAAACACAGAUGUUGCGGUUAGCUUUGAUAGUUCCCUAGUUAAAGUGACUUAAAUCUGGAUUAACAUUUUUUCAACAUACAUCUUUACUUAUUUUUGAAGUUACAGGUUGGUAUAGAUUCAGAAUAACAGUAACCAAGUUCUGGAAUUUGAGUAGUACUUGUUCAGACCUUUCAGACGAUAAAGAGUCUUCAUGAAGUCACUUGCUAGCUAUGGUAACAUGUGGGCCUUGAAGUGCUUGUUAGUGAUACUGAUGUUUACCUGCUUUCUGUUGGGAUCCACUUACUACAACAUUGGCACUGCGUACGUCCUUAACUUUAGUACUGCUAACAAAGACAGCAUGGUUAGUCCUGUGAAGGUGGAUAAAGUCGGAAACAAGGAAAAUGUUAAGGGAUAUUGGAAAGAAAUGAUGGAACAUACCACAGGAUAUUCUGAAAAGUUCCAUGGAAUUCGGCUAAGAACUAAUGUCGGUAAUGAAAAAACAAAUUUUGAUAUCAGGGAAAAUGAUAUAACUGACAAAUACAAGGGAAAAAUAAAAAAUAAACAGAACGAAAACAGUGGUAUCUUUAUGAAAUUAUUCCCUGACAGCAGGUCUGAAGGGAAAGACAAGGUGAUGACUUCUACGACGACUUCCGGCCGAUAUGACAAAGCUACAACAUACUUUUCUAGCACUAUCUCCACCAUAAACCUGAAUGUAGGAAUCAAACAAACAGACACUAUACAUGUCCACAAGGCAAACAGUAAUGAACGUUUUAAUGGAAAGGAUGUAACUUCAAGAACAACAAAUUAUCAAGCUGUAGCAGACACGGGUCAACAUGAUGUAAUCCGGCAUACACAUACACUAGAUAAAACCUUUGGUUCAAGCCUUGCAACAAACAAGGAUAACAGUGGUAAAAUUGGACAUCCAGUGUCACCAUCAAAGUUUAAAAGUCUGUCUGGACACAGACGAACAAACCUGGCACACAGACGAAUAAUCGACAUACCUGUUGGUCCAGACAACGCAUACGCCAUUGAAAACCUUGAAACACUCCGCAUAAAUAAAAGUCAAAAUUCCACAUUUGUAUUGCUUGUCACAUAUGCUCGCUCCGGGUCUACGUGGCUGGGUGAAAUUACCAACCAAGCAAAGCAGACGUUUUACGUGUACGAGCCGCUGCAGAGAUUCGUUGUACAAGGAUAUUACAAAGAGAAUUUAGUAUGCUACAAUAAUAACACUUGUCGAAAACCUAGAAUGUUCUCAGAGACGCACAACUUUGCCAUCACUACGUUGCAUCGUUUGUUUACAUGCCAGUUCACAAAGCUACACCCAAAAGCUGUUUACAAUUUAAGAAGGAAUUUAAAAAGUCACCAAUACGCUGAGACCUUCAAAAGAUGUUUGGAUAUUUCCAGAUCAGCGAUGAAAUGUCUACAAGAGCUGGAGAGUAUUUGUUUGACUACAACACAUCGCAUACUGAAAACUAUAAGGAUUUCAAUGGAACUUGUGACUAAAAUGAUGGAUUUAUGGCCAAAUUUGAAAAUUGUUCAUUUAAUUCGGGAUCCGAGAGGUAUAACUAAUUCUCGGCUCGCCAGCAGAACAUUUGCAAUGGCGAGAAAUCUUGUGUCACAUUCCCACGAUAUGUGUAACAGAAUAUUCGAAGAUGUUGAGGUUGACACAAAAAUGAAUAAUCAAUAUGUAAAUCGAUUAAAACUGGUCUUUUACGAAUCGUUAGCUGAAAUGUCGCUGGAAGGUGCGAAUUUUAUUUAUAAAUUUCUAGAUAUGAAAUUGACAAAGGACGCCAAGAAGUGGGUGUACACUAGUACGCAUGCGCAGAAAAAGUCUGGGUAUUUUGGAACUAUGCGCUCUGACUCAACAGAAAGUGCGAACAGGUGGCGAACUAGAUUAACCUUAUUUAAGAUUAAAAUAAUUGAUAACAUAUGUCAUGACGUUUAUAAUGUACUUGGGAUUAUGACUUUUGAAACAACAAAAGAUCUCUAUAAUUUCAGCAUUCCUUCAAGACGAUCGGUGAAAAACUCCAACUGGUUUGCAUAAAGAUUACUAUGCUAUUAUAUAUCUUCUAUCGAGUAAUAAAGUAAUGAAAUAUCACAUGUUAUAUCAUCUAGUUUUCAUCCCACAUUUAUUUCAUCGACCUUGAAGCAGCAGCUGAAGUCUGCACAGGUAUACAAAAUCAAAUAAAGACUUAAAGUUAAGCCUAAGGUAACACUC